AUGACUUACGUCUUGUACAUUCCCCUGUUCAUCUCUAAAUCUAGUAUAGAGAAAGUCUUCCUCUGCUCGAACUGGGCGUAUCUUCGUCUUGAGGAUAAACUUAAACCGAAUCAGAUGUUCCCGUACGACGAUCAGGAUCCUGAUGAUACCACCGGUUACACGGUUGACGAAUAUGUGAAGAAGUUGGAUCGGGAAUUUGGGCUGGUUGUUUGUGGCUUCAAUGAUCCUGCGAGGAUAUGUAUCAUCUGGUCCCCCGGUGGAAGUCACAAAUCCGUAGGUCAUAUCCAAGUCAAAUACAACGGAAACUGGGAGAGCAAGAUCUCAACUGAGUAUUGGGUCAUUACACAUGGCGAGGAUGAUUUUCAGCACCUUACCAAUGGGAACUUGGUGAAAAUGCAAGCAUUCAAGCGAGGAUAG